AAACUACAGUCCUCAUACUGUGCACGAGCCGGACGCUCAGACUGAACUACGACGUUAACCACACCGUGAACACUUUCUUCUCCCAAAUUGAACACGUACGGCGAAAUUGAAUAAGCUCCGCACAGCAGACCUCUUUAAGAGAAGCCGCUGCUGCAGGUUUGGUUCAGAGCUUGUCAGCCUGACGGGGGGAUGCGGUGUGGACUGCCGGCGCUGCCCUAAAUGGAUGAGCCGGAGAGAGUGUGGAGAGCGGAGGACCAGACCGCUACUGUAGCAACUACUCUCCAAACAGUGAUGGCACUACGGGUGCAGGAGUGAACGAACCGCGUUAAGUGUCGCUUCCAGAGAUAAGAAAAGAGACUUUAGGGCUAUUUCCACGAGAGCAACAACCGCACUUAGAAGAAACGAACUUCACUGUCGCCGUCGACUCGAUGCUGGGGCUGCUGGGCUGAAGCAGUGAGGAGAUGCGCGGUGUAACAUGGAUCUCAGAGAAGGGAUAAACAUCAGCAAUCGCCGCAGGGAUCGUACUCAGGUAAAGAGAAGAACGGUGAAAGUGCUGGAAAGGACAAAGCCAGGAUUCUACACACCUGUGAUUGGAUGUGAGUCCAUAUUGACCUGAGACCAUUAAAAUGGGGUUGCCAUGGAAACUUUUACUGCUGCUGUCAUUGGUGGAGUGUCUGGCAGGAAGCGGAGUCCUGCUGAGGCCUGUGUUCACCAAACAACCUGGCAGUGUGGUUUUUCCGCUUCAACCCGUCGAGAAUCACCGAGAAGUGGUGUUUAGCUGUGAGGCCCAGGGACAUCCACCACCUUUCUACAGGUGGAGGCUCAAUGACUCUUUCAUCGUGCCCAGACCGGGGUCACGUUACUCUCUCAUGGGAGGAAACUUACACAUCAGCCAUCUGAAUAAAGAGGGAGAUGUUGGUGUCUAUCAAUGCCUGGCAUCAAACUCUUUUGGCACCAUCGUCAGCCGAGAGGCCAGUCUACACAUUGCAUACCUGGAAAACUUCAAGACCCAGAGAAGAAGUCCAGUGCGGGUCCGUGAAGGUCAAGGAGUGGUCUUACUGUGUGGCCCACCUCAGCACUCAGGAGAACUCACUUUCACGUGGAUCUUCAAUGAGUACCCAUCGUUUGUAAUCCAGGACUCGAGGCGGUUUGUGUCCCAGAAGACUGGCAACCUCUACAUCGCCAAAGUGGAACCGUCCGAUGUGGGAAACUACACUUGUGUAGUUACCAACACUGUCACUAAAAGCAGCGUUCAAGGACCACUAACUCCUCUAGUGCUCAGAGUUGAUGGUGUGAUGGGUGAAUACGAGCCGAAGAUCGAAGUUCAGUUCCCUGAAGUUGUGCCUGUCGCUAAGAGCUCAACUGUCAAACUGGAAUGUUUUGCACUCGGAAACCCAGUGCCAACUGUCAGCUGGAGAAGAGUGGAUGGAGCCUCUUUUGGCAGGAAGGUGGACAUAAAUAAAGCCAGCGGAGUUUUAGAGAUCCCUUACUUCCAGCAGGAGGAUGCAGGGAUAUAUGAAUGUGUGGCAGAAAACAGCAGAGGGAAAAACUCGGUAAAAGGAAAGCUGUCUUUCUACGCUCCACCUCACUUGACUGAAAAGCCCCAGGAUGUCCAGAAGACCAUUGAUGACACUCUAGUUUGGGAAUGCAAAGCCAGCGCCAAACCUAAACCCUCAUACCGCUGGCUGAAGAACGGCGAGCCUCUGGACCCUAUUGAGCAGGACAGAGUUCAGGCGAAUAAUGGACUGCUGACAAUCAGCAGCUUGAACCUAGCCGACAUUGGCAUGUACCAGUGUGUGGCCGAGAACAAGCAUGGCCGAAUCUUCACCAACGCUGAGCUUCGUGUCAUAGCUAUUGCUCCAGACUUCUCCCAAAACCUGCUGAAGGCCCAAACUCUGGCCCGACAGGGUGGCGAUGUUCUGAUUGAAUGCAAGCCCAAGAUGUCUCCUCGGGGUGUGAUUUCAUGGAGGAAGGGGAAGGAAGCAUUGAGAGAGAACCACAGAGUUACUGUGUUGGAUAAUGGAAGCCUUCGGAUUUCAAAUGUUAGUAAAACGGAUGCUGGGCUCUACACGUGUGUGGCCAGAAACCAGUUUGGAGUAGCGAGCAGUGCUGGCAGCCUUCUGGUUAAAGAGCCAUCCGUGAUCACAAGUCCAGCAGGUCAUCUGGACGUCACAGUUGGUGAGAGCAUCGUGCUGCCCUGCCAGGUGUCACAUGACCCUACACUGGAUCUCAAGUUCACCUGGUUCUUCAAUGAGCAGCUCAUCCACUUUGGAAGCCACUGGGCUCAUUUUGAAAAAGUUGGUGGGCGCUCUUCUGGAGACAUCAUGAUCCGGAACAUUCAACUGAGGCAUGCUGGGAAAUAUACGUGUGCCGUUCAGACCAAGGUGGACAGUGUCUCUAUUGCUACUGAUGUGGUAGUCAGAGGUCCUCCAGGCCCCCCUGUGGACUGUCAGGUGACUGAUGUGACAGAGACCACUGCCUCUGUGUCCUGGGGACCUGGGAUGGACAACCACAGCCCCAUCCUCAGCUUCACCAUCCAGGCCAGAACGCCUUUCUCUCUCGGGUGGCAGGCUGUUACUACUGUUCCUGAGAUGCUCGGGGGGAAGCAACUGUCAGCCACUGUCAUUGACUUGAGUCCCUGGGUGGAGUACGAGUUCAGAGUCCUGGCAACCAACAGCAUCGGAACAGGAGAGCCCAGCAAACCCUCCAAAAAGGCCCGCACCAAGGAAAUGUUACCCAGGGUGACUCCCGGCAGGGUGAAUGGCGGAGGUGGUGGACGUUCAGAGCUGGUGAUCACUUGGGAGCCUGUUCCUGAGGAGCUGCAGAGCGGUCCAGGCUUUGGCUAUGUGGUGGCUUUCCGCCCACUCGGGGCGCCGGGCUGGAUGCAGGCUGCUGUCACAUCUCCAGACGCCUCAAGAUAUGUCUUCAAAAAUGAGAGUAUCCCUCCCUUCUCCCCAUACCAAAUCAAAGUCGGGGUGUACAACAACAAGGGGGAGGGACCUUUUAGUCCAGUGACCACCAUCUACUCAGCAGAGGAAGAGCCCAGCAGAGCUCCAGGGAGGCUGAGGGCGAAGAGUGUAUCGGCGUCGGAGGUGGAGGUCACCUGGAAGCCACUGGCCUGGAGCAACAACCGCAGACGCAUCCUGGGCUACGAGUUGCAGUACUGGAGUGAAAGGCAGAAGCAGGACACAGCCAGUGUGAUCAGGACAGUGGGGAAUAAAACUUCAGUACUCAUCAGGGAUCUGGAGGGCAGCAGUACCUAUUACCUGUCCCUGCGGGCUUACAACAGCGCUGGAGUUGGUCCACAGACUGUCAUAGUCAAUGUCACAACCAAGAAACCACCUCCGAGUCAGGCCCCGGACAAAAUCAUGUGGAACACCUCCAACUCCAAGGUCAUCCUGAGGUGGGACCAAGUGCACGCUCUGGAAAACGAGUCAGAAGUCACAGGAUACAAGGUGAUGUACAGCCAGGACAAACACAGCCGUCCCAGCGUGGUGGAGACGAACACCACCUCCUUGGAGUUGUCGCUGCCAGUCAACCAGGACUACGUCAUCCAGAUUAAACCCUUCAGUGAGGGAGGGGAAGGCAGCAGCAGCCGCCAAAUCACCAUUCCCAAGAUAGCAGGCUCCAUAGCCAUGGGAGCAGCCCCUCGGUCUUCGGCAUGUUUCAUUGUCCACCUUGCAGCGUUAAUCCUCACAGUGAGGACUGUGCUAUGACAAACAUUUGCAGGAACCAGGCUGUACAGCUGCUUAUUAAGAGGAGAACCAGCAGGUCACUGACAACAAGAGGCUGACUGCCACUUCUCCACCUGCCCUCUUCCCCACCCUGCCGUGUCUUUCACUCUUCUUUCUACAGAGAAUCGCUCUGUGAGGAAGGUUCUUUCCCUCCACCCUUCUGAAGGAGUUAGUGAAAGGAAACUGGCUCUUUCAGACGUUGCUUUUAUGGAAAUGAAAGGAUGCGUGACAGCACUACAGUCCUUUUGAAGAUGUUUUGCCCUUUGCUUUCUUCUUACCAGGAACCCAAGGAUAUUCUCACAUGGUUUUAACCUUGGAGGGCCGCUGGUGUCUGAUGCACUAAAGGAUAUGUAUAUGUUUUCUUUGUGGGGCUGUGCGAGCUCUGUUUAAUGGAUUUGUUUGUACCUCUGAACUUUUCUUGGAUGAUUUUAUCCUAACUGGAGAUGGAGGAUACCUAAAGCCCUUACAUAGCUCAUAUUUAUGUGAGUGAGGUUAUAUUCAAGAGAAGAAAUGGAUGGCGUCUUUCCCCCCCUCUCUUUGGACUGUCCUUGGAAAGCUCCCUGCUAUGUCUUAGAAGAAAAAAAAAAACAACUGUUACUAAUCCCUUCACCAGGGAGCUGAGCCUCAUUGCUUUAUGACAAACCAGAAUAUGGGACCUUUGUAACUUUGCCUGGAUUUUAUUCAUGCUUUUACGUUACAUCCCAACGUCAAAGUUGCCAUGAAACUGACUGUAACCAAAGGUAUUGAGCCUAAAAGGUUCAGUUCCAUCUGUUGUAUCAUUUGUGAGAAAAAGCAGCGUGUACACCCCCAGUAUGGCUUCCAUUGUAAACAGCAGGCUUGUGUUGAUUAAUUGAUGUCUUACCUUCCUUCCUCAUUCAUGUUAAGUGUUUAACAGAGGCGCGCUGAGCAGUGCAGUCCACAUUGUUACACACUGUAUGUAUGAAAUCCUCAGGUCCCAAAUGAGCCUUAAGUCUUAUGAUUAUCCUCCAUGUUGUUAUUAUUCUGAAGUCCUUUAUUUAUUUCUGUCCUCUGUUUAUCCACAUCGUGGUUUGGCUCACUCAUUAUAUCAUUUAUGAAUAACUGACCUUACUGUAAUCUCUGUUGAGAUUUUACACUUUUGUUACUUUUACAUCAUAUUUGGGCAUUUUGGGCUCAGAAAAAAAACAGGCCUUUGUCCCCUCUCCUUCAUGAUGAGCAUUGUAAUACAGUACAAGCGCCAGUGAUGGCUGACUUUUCUAACAUGGCGUGUUAUAAAGUAGGGAUGGUGUUUUCUCAUCAGCUGCUGUUUGGCGUGGGAUCGGUCAGUGUAUGUACCCUACGCUGCUUCGGAUGUCUGAACAGAUCAAACUGCUUUUAAUAAACAUGAUGCCAUUUUCCUCA